AUGAGCCAGGUGCAGCAGGAACGCGAGGCGCAGGAGCGGCCCGACGGCACCGACCGCUCGCCGAUCAACUUUGGCGAUCUCCCGUUCAGCGUAACGGAGAAAUACGUGAUCCAGAACGGGCUCGAGGAGCAGUAUCCGCCGCGCGCCCUCGUGCAGGACCCACGCACGACCGGCGUCCCGGACGCGGACGCGGACGCGGACGCGGACCCGAUUGUGGACCUCGCUGACGAGACGGGCAAUGCGCUGCGCACGCGCUCGGCGGUGAACGGGCGCAAAGACGACGGCGCAGAGGACGAUCAGUACUUUGAUAAGGAGGACGCGCACGACCGCCUCGCGGCCGCCGCGAGCGAGCACCUCGCGGCGGUGCCGCCGCCGAAGGAGAGCGACGUGAUCGUUGGAUUCCUCUACCGCUGCCGCGCGGGCGACUCGGUACUGAAAAUUGUCUAA